UGGAAUCAGUCGAAGAAAACGGUAUGUAUCAAGUAAAACGCCGGCGUGGCCGCUCUCAGAUUUCUUUCUGGGUAUACAAAGCGUCCGACACUCGAGACGUGUUUAUUGGUGACACGGAUGACUGGUUUAUCUAAGGUUGGCGAGGAAUAUUAACCUAAAAUACGAGUCGCUUACCUGAUUGGGGAGCAUGGAUCUGGAGAAUCGCCGGAAAGAUUCUGAGAAAAGGUUAACGAAGGAGUUAAUGUCCUAGCCUUGUUAGCUUCGACACCGAUGACGAUUCCGAGUAUGCUAUGAUACGGCAAAUUAAAAUGGAGCCAGAACCAAUGUUCUCACCAUCUGAGGAUGAUAUUAUGGCGCAGCUGCAACAGGAUAGCUCCGAUCUGGAUGUCGAGCCCAACUUCGCCUUGGAGGGCUCCCUGAACGGCGAUAUUUUCAACGACGGCGUGCUAAUGCAGCACAUGGACAUUAGGGAGCCCUUGUCCAAGUUGAGGACCCUCUUGGAGGACAAGCUCACCAUAGAUUUAAAGAAUUAUUCAUUUUGGUUACAAAACGCACAGAUGCUGGAAAGCCACAAAAAUUUGGUCGAUCAAUGUGUCCAAGGAGAAGGGCUGGUUCAGAUUAAUGUACAAAUAAAGCCAAUGCAGAAACGUAUCAAUAUAGUGGACGUUCUUAAGCCAGCGGACGAUUAUAUUGAAGUUGUGGAAGAUAAUUCACCGGUGUCUACUGCUCAGGAAAACAAGCGGAAUGUCAUAAAGUGGAUGAUAGACGCGCAGUAUAAAAAGGACCAGGAACGAUUAAAAAUACCAAAUGAUCCGAGGGACUGGUCAGAAACGCACGUGAAACAUUGGCUGCAAUGGGCUGUUAGACAAUUUAACAUAGUAUCGUUACGUUUGGCUGACUGGAAUAUAACUGGUGCGCAAUUGUGUAAUCUUACAAUGGAGGAGUUUCAUGCAAAAGUGCCUCUUGAUCCAGGAGACGUGUUUUGGACACAUUUCGAACUUCUUAGGAAAUGCAAAUUCGUCGCUGUAGUACAAAAAGAUGCACCCGAUACACCCAAUGAAGGCGUUGCAGAGAAGUCGAUUAAAGCACGACAUCCGAAAGUAACGAAAUCGAAAUCUACGGUAAACCAACAGGCGCGUACAGUUAAUAUGCCAUUAGAGAAUGUCGAUCCGACUUCGAUCACUAUUGCCGGUUCUAGUCGUACCGUUAAUAGCGGCCAGAUACAGCUGUGGCAAUUUUUGUUGGAAUUAUUAACGGAUAGAGAAUACAGAAGUUCGAUUCAGUGGGUGGGGACCGAAGGAGAAUUCAAACUUAAUAAACCGGAGGCGGUGGCGCAAUUAUGGGGUGCUCGCAAAAAUAAGCCGUCGAUGAAUUACGAGAAGUUGAGUAGAGCACUUCGGUAUUAUUAUGACGGCGACAUGAUUUCUAAGGUUCACGGUAAACGAUUCGUCUACAAAUUCGUUUGCGAUUUGAAGCAAUUGCUGGGUUAUUCAGCGGCAGAGUUGAGUAAACUUGUUGAGGAAGGAAGACGAUAUUUCUGAUGAAACCGUAUUUUUCUUUACUGCUAAUAAAAUAGAUUUUAUUGUAACCAUCUUGUCAUGUCGAUGUCAUUAUUAUGUUACGUAGUAUGUAUAAUCAUUUCUAUUUUAAGUCAUAAUAUGGAAAAAUCUCAACAGAAUAAUUAUUCUGUUGGGAAAUAGAUUUUAUCAUUUAGAUAUACUGUGUUAUUUCUUUAUUGGCUAUAAAUUUCUUUGCGCGUCUUUCCAAUAAACUGAAUAAUAGAUUUUACGAGUAA